CAGGGAGCCGCUGCGCCACGGAGAGGACACGCCGGGACCGGACCGAACGCAGCCCCCCACCCCGGACUCUGCCGCAGACACCUCCCCACAACACCCCGAGACGAGCCGAGGCUGCCCCCGCCGGGAGAGAGGAGCUCAUCCCACCCAAGUCCCGAGUUUCCCCCACGAGGAGCCCAGAGACGGGGACACGUCCCCCGCGGUCCACAGCAGCUAACCGGGACUGAACGUGUCUCCACUGCCUGUCCUCCUUAUUCUUUUACAUUUUUAUUAAAGUACAGUUUUAAAGAGGCUCCCCCGGAGCCGCGUGGCCUUUUAGCGGGAAUGGAGAACGCGCACACGAAGAGCGUGGAAGAAGUUUACACUUUUUUCUGCGUCAACGAGAGCACGGGACUCUCACCUGAGGAGGUGAGACGACAGCGGGACAAAUGGGGCCUGAACGAGCUACCAGCAGAAGAAGGGAAAUCAUUAUGGGAGCUCGUCCUGGAACAGUUUGAAGAUCUGCUUGUUCGGAUCCUCCUGCUGGCCGCGUGCAUAUCUUUUGUGCUGGCCUGGUUUGAGGAGGGAGAAGAAACCAUCACAGCGUUUGUGGAGCCUUUUGUAAUUUUACUUAUCCUAAUAGCCAACGCCAUCGUUGGGGUGUGGCAGGAGCGUAACGCUGAAGAUGCCAUCGAGGCGCUGAAGGAGUACGAGCCCGAGAUGGGGAAAGUGUACCGGCAGGACAGGAAAACGGUGCAGAGGAUCAAGGCCAGAGACAUCGUCCCAGGGGACAUCGUGGAGGUGGCCGUUGGAGACAAAGUGCCUGCUGACAUUCGCAUCUGUUCAAUCAAAUCAACAACUCUGAGAGUCGACCAGUCCAUUCUGACAGGUGAAUCUGUCUCUGUCAUCAAACACACCGACCCUGUCCCCGACCCUCGAGCAGUCAACCAAGACAAGAAGAACAUGCUCUUUUCUGGCACCAACAUCGCAGCUGGAAAGGCUGUCGGCGUCGUCGUCUCUACUGGCGUUAACACGGAGAUCGGUAAGAUCCGUGACGAGAUGGCAGCCACGGAGCAGGAGAAGACGCCUCUGCAGCAGAAGCUGGAUGAGUUUGGUGAGCAGCUGUCCAAGGUUAUUUCCCUCAUCUGCGUCGCUGUGUGGAUCAUAAACAUCGGACACUUCAACGACCCCGUUCACGGCGGUUCCUGGAUCCGUGGAGCUGUUUACUACUUUAAGAUUGCCGUGGCCCUGGCUGUAGCUGCCAUCCCCGAAGGACUUCCUGCUGUGAUCACGACCUGUCUGGCACUGGGAACUCGCCGCAUGGCCAAGAAGAACGCUAUUGUCCGUAGCUUGCCCUCUGUGGAGACCCUGGGCUGCACCUCCGUCAUCUGCUCCGACAAAACGGGCACCCUGACCACCAACCAGAUGUCUGUCUGCAGAAUGUUCGUUCUCAACAAAGCCGAAGGCGACAGCUGCUCUCUGUCAGAAUUCACCAUCACAGGAUCUACCUACGCACCCGAGGGAGAAGUGUACCAAGAUGGCAAACCAGUGAAGUGCUCCCAGUAUGAUGCUUUGGUUGAACUGGCCACCAUUUGUGCCUUGUGUAAUGAUUCCUCUCUGGACUUCAAUGAGGUGAAGGGUGUGUAUGAGAAGGUCGGUGAGGCCACAGAGACGGCGCUGACCUGCCUAGUGGAGAAGAUGAAUGUCUUUGACAAUGACGUCCACAGUCUGUCCAAGAUUGACAGAGCCAACGCUUGCAACUCGGUGAUCAAACAGCUGAUGAAGAAGGAGUGCACCCUUGAGUUCUCCAGAGACAGGAAGUCCAUGUCUGUCUACUGCACCCCAAACAAAUCCCGUUCCUCCAUGGGCAAAAUGUUUGUAAAGGGAGCCCCAGAAGGAGUGAUAGAGAGAUGCACUCAUGUCAGAGUGGGCAACAGCAAAGUUCCUCUCAGCCAAGGCAUCAAAGAAAAGAUCAUGUCUGUUAUUCGUGAGUACGGUACAGGACGUGACACCCUGAGGUGCUUGGCUCUGGCCACACGAGACAACCCCCCUAAAAUGGACGACAUGAUUCUGUCUGAAACGGCCAAAUUCACAGAGUACGAGUCUGACCUCACAUUCGUCGGCUGCGUUGGCAUGUUGGACCCACCCAGACAGGAGGUGGCUGCCUCCAUCAAGCUGUGCCGCCAGGCUGGCAUUCGUGUCAUCAUGAUCACAGGCGACAACAAGGGCACAGCUGUGGCUAUUUGCCGCCGCAUUGGCAUCUUGACUGAGGACGACGACGUUGAGCGCAUGGCCUUCACUGGACGGGAGUUUGACGAGCUGUCAGCCUACGCCCAGCGGGAGGCCGUGACCCAAGCCCGUUGUUUUGCCCGCGUCGAGCCUUCGCAUAAGUCCAAGAUUGUUGAGUUUUUGCAAAGAUUUGAUGAAAUUACUGCCAUGACGGGGGACGGAGUGAAUGAUGCCCCUGCAUUAAAGAAGGCAGAGAUUGGCAUCGCUAUGGGCUCCGGCACAGCUGUGGCCAAGUCGGCCUCAGAGAUGGUCCUGGCCGAUGACAACUUUUCGUCCAUAGUGGCUGCGGUGGAAGAAGGCCGAGCUAUUUACAACAAUAUGAAGCAGUUCAUAAGAUACCUCAUCUCCUCCAACGUGGGCGAGGUGGUGUGCAUCUUCCUUACAGCAGCUUUGGGCUUCCCUGAGGCACUGAUCCCAGUCCAGCUGCUCUGGGUCAAUCUGGUGACGGACGGGCUCCCUGCCACCGCCCUCGGCUUCAACCCCCCUGACCUGGACAUCAUGGAGAAGCCCCCCCGCAACGCUAAAGAGCCUCUGAUCUCUGGUUGGCUUUUCUUCAGAUACUUGGCCAUUGGAGGUUAUGUGGGGGCUGCCACUGUGGGAGCUGCGGCCUGGUGGUUUACCAUCUCAGAGGAUGGACCACAGCUCACUCUGUACCAGCUGAGCCACUUCCUCCAGUGUGGCCCAGACAACCCAGAAUUUGACGGCUUGGACUGUCAGGUGUUUGAGUCGCCCUACCCAAUGACCAUGGCGCUGUCCGUGCUCGUCACAAUCGAGAUGUGCAACGCUCUGAACAGUCUGUCAGAGAACCAGUCCUUGCUGCGGAUGCCUCCCUGGGAGAACAUCUGGCUGCUGGGAGCCAUCUGUCUAUCCAUGUCUCUCCACUUCCUCAUCCUCUACGUGGAGCCACUGCCUGUCAUCUUCCAGAUCACCCCCCUGGAUGUGACCCAGUGGAUGAUGGUGCUGAAGAUCUCGCUGCCAGUCAUCCUGCUGGACGAGCUGCUGAAGUUCGCAGCCAGGAACUACUUGGACCUCGGUAAACAGCGGGAGGAGCCGGCCCACAAAGGCUGCUACCUGUCUGCAUGUGCCCAGGGCAUCUCCUGGCCCUUUGUGGCCCUCUCCCUGCCCCUGCUGCUGUGGAUCUACAGCACCGACACUAACGUGUCUGCCAUCUUGUGGCCCUGACUGACUCCAGAACACUCCCCUCCCCUCACACCAGUGUGACGUGGACAUUAACACACACAUCUAACACCUUACUGUAAACACUCACCUGUUCUGACCUCACCUGCCUGCUGUGUUUACAUUUCAGUGAAACAUGGUUUCAGGUGGGGGUGGGCUGUGAUCCAGAGUUUAAUUUUGACUGGUUAAGACAUUCAAAUGUUCUUUUAUCACCUAAACAUCGGCCGUACAGAGAAUGUAAACAAUUUUGUAUAAACAUUUUGUAAUUUGGGGCAACGGGGGACACGAGGAGGAAACCUUUAUGUUCAAGCAGGACGAGACCGUGACGAAUGAAGAGAACAAAACUAG